AAAAAAAAUCCGCUUCCUUAAAUGUCUUCCUUCACGCUGUUAAACAUGUUACAAAAGUGAACAAAUAUUACAUGUUUCUGACAUAAACGUGUCCAUUUUCGUUUUAUUGCACACUUGAGUGGCUGUUAAGAAUAUGACUCAACAAGUUUAGACUCCAGUCGCUCUUUGUCUCCUUUGGCGACAUUAAGCAGCUGGGAGGACAACAAGUGUUUUUGGUUGUCGCUUAGUUGCAAUAAUGGGUCUGCACAGUUUGUCUGUGGUUUUCGCCCUUGCAUUGUUAUGGCCAUUGAACAUCUAUGCUACAGGGCAUAACAUAAAAAGUGACAUCGACCACCUCACAGAUAAAUGCAUGCGGUAUCGAUAUCAUGACCUUGGCAACGCAGACAUAACAAUUGAUGACGUCACCACGUUCUGUGCAUCACAGGCUAUCAAAACAAUAGACAAAAGUACACAAAAAUCCCAUCUUUCUGAAGACGCAGUUUUGUACAUUCUUGAAUUAUACCGUAAGGUGUUACAACGCAAAACCGGAAGUAAUGACUUACAUCCUUCAAAUCGGCGGGAAGUACGGACACUCACGAGGUCGAGUUGGAACUCUUUUGUAUCACGACUGAAUUUCUUAAAAACAAGUAUGAUAUCCCGAAACCUCAGUCGCUAUGAUGCACUAUCAGAGAUGUAUACCAAUUUGGCGGUUAACAGCCCGUCUUUCCUGAUACAGCACAGAGUUUUUCUCCUACUAGCCGAAGAGGCGCUGGGGACGUCCAUUCCAUACUGGGAUGUCAGAAUUGACCAAAAUAUGACUAAUCCGACAACGUGCAAUAUGUGGACACAGGAAUACUUCGGUUCCGGUUUCGGAAAAGUUGUCAACGGGCCAUUUGCAAACUGGGUAUCGAGGGAUGGUCCCCCGUUGACUCGUGAUAUUGGAAACAUCGGGUGGCUAUUAAGCCAAGACCAUUUCGACCAGAUAAUGUCUCUAGGAAGCCAUCAUGAUAUUUUAGAACCUAAUAGAUACCCGCUGAACAGUUUAGAGUUUCUCGGCACUGGUACUAAACUGUGGGUGAAAGGAUGGUCCAACCCUUUGUCUAGUGAUCCACUUGAUCCGGUCUUCAUCAUGAUCGAUGCGUUUAUCGACUACGUUUGGGACAUGUUCUGGGAGAAGUUGCAACUGAAUGGCAUUGAUCCCAGGAAUGAUUACCAGAGCCUAAAUAAUCUCAUUCUUGACGUAUUUGAGACAAGUGUGUUAUAUAAUCACAAGGAUAGAUACGAUCAUUCGUUUUUGUGUAAAACAUGUGGCCGUAAUUUUAAAAAGUUAUGUGUUGGAGACAAAUGCAAGUCAACAGAUAAUUUACCACAACCGGUUUAUAAAAUGGAAAGUCUUCAAGCAUUAGAUGCUGGUUCAGGGAAAAAUGAAAAACAUUUUGGGGCGAACUAUCGCGUUAAAACUCAUCACCACAGAGUGAAGCGCAAUACCCAAAAUGUUCUGGAUUGGGGUGCAAUUUAUGACUUCUUCAAUCGGGUGAGGGAGCCUAGACCUGUCAGGAGCAAUAGACUAACUGGUCCACAGCGUGCACGGGCGGCCAUACAAGCUUUUGGACCACUCCCAAUUGGUAGGCGUUUUACGUCACCAUUUACGGAUCCACGAACAAGAGGUGACCCCCUGCCAACAGCCCCUCUUCGUCGGAGAUUGAAGAGGGGUUUUUAUCCGAUGAUAAUUCACAGAGGUAUUGGACGUGUUGGUAACUAUAUCCGUAGAUUUGGUCCUGCUAAUGUUGGUCCAAAGUUUAAGUCGAUACUAACGGAUAUAAGAACUAGAGGCGACGUUACAAAAAUGUCUACAAAAACAUUAAAUCCCCAAAAGAAUGGAAACAAACACGCAGGCAUAAACGAUUAUCAAAUAAAGCAUAGAUUUGGUCCCGCCAAUGUCGGUCCAAAAUUUAAAUCGAUACUAACGGAUAUAAGAACUAGGGGCGAUCCUACACAUAUGUCUACAAAAGAUUUAAAUCCCCAAAAGAAUGGAAGCAAACACGCAGGCAUAAAUGAUUAUCAAAUAAAACAUAGGAUCCCACAAGAAAAAUGAAUGAAUGAUAACCGUCAAUGGGGCCAAUACAAAAAACAGCACACGAUACCGAAGUGAACAGUGAUAUAUAAUUAAUUGUAUGUAUAUUUUUUAUGUUUUAAUGAUGCUGGGCUAUCAUAUUUGACUAGUACAAGCCAUCUCCGACCAUAUUGUAUAUGUGGACACCAGAAGUGAAUUGGAAUACAUUUCACGAGAUUAUCUACAAACAUGUUGACUGCUAAAAUAUGGAUGGGCUUGUGUGUGAAUAGUGUUAACUGUUGUGAGUAUUGUUUAUAAUAUUAAAAUGAAAUGAAUGAA